CAGGUGGGAGAUGAUAACUCCGCCCUUAGUAAAGGAAGUAGCUAGCUAGCUACUAGAUAUCAGACUUGAAGUUUUCUUAAUUUAUUUUUAUUAUUUUUAAAGAAUAGAAUUAAAUAACAGUGCCGCGUUUAAGAUUUAACAUAUCUGUCGCUGUUAGUAUUUUAGACGUGUCAGAUAUUACAGGACGCGAAUUAGGGAUGUGUUUAUGUUAGCUAAGCGUGUAAGCUAGCUAGCUAGCUAGAUACCUGCAAAGGAAUGGUUGAAUGGUUAGCUAGUCAGCAGGAUGGCAUGAUGACAGCUGAUAAUCGCCAUGACACAGUGAAAAUGACAACUUCAGCUUUCUAAUCUGUCUGAGAUCAGGGAGUUUUGAAGCUCCAGGCUGGAAGCGGUUGGGGUUAGUUCAGAGAGAUAGCCAGGCUUUGAGUUGGCAGCUUUGUUGGGGAUUAGUGUUUGUGUUCAGACUGGAUGUCAUGGUUUAUUCCUGGAGCCAUGUCCUGUAAAUCUAAAGUAGCUCCCAGUGUGGAUUUUGACCACAGCUGCUCGGACAGUGUGGAAUACCUCACCCUUAACUUCGGGCCUUUUGAAACAGUCCAUCGCUGGAGGAGACUUCCGCCCUGUGAUGAGUUUGUUGGUGCAAGGCGCAGCAAGCACACAGUUGUAGCCUACAGGGAUGCCAUCUACGUGUUUGGAGGGGAUAAUGGGAAGAACAUGCUUAAUGACCUGCUGCGCUUCGACGUCAAGGACUGCUCGUGGUGUCGGGCGUUUACCACUGGGACUCCACCCGCCCCCCGAUAUCACCACUCCGCUGUAGUGUAUGGAAGCAGCAUGUUUGUGUUUGGUGGCUAUACCGGAGAUAUCUAUUCAAACUCCAACCUGAAAAACAAAAACGAUCUGUUCGAGUACAAGUUUGCCACGGGCCAGUGGACGGAGUGGAAGGUGGAAGGAAGGUUAGUAGCGCGCUCCGCCCACGGGGCCACGGUGUAUAACGAUAAGCUAUGGAUCUUCGCUGGUUAUGACGGAAAUGCAAGGCUGAAUGACAUGUGGACUAUCGGUCUUCAGGAUCGAGAGCAGGCAUGCUGGGAGGAGAUUGAGCAGAGCGGCGAGAUUCCCCCGUCCUGCUGUAACUUCCCUGUGGCUGUGUGCCGGGACAAGAUGUUCGUCUUCUCUGGCCAGAGUGGAGCCAAAAUCACCAACAAUCUCUUCCAAUUCGAGUUUAAAGGUCACAUAUGGACCCGUAUCCCCACCGAGCAUUUACUCAGAGGUUCCCCGCCGCCACCGCAGAGGCGUUACGGCCACACCAUGGUAGCCUUCGACCGCCACCUCUACGUGUUUGGUGGAGCGGCGGAUAACACGCUGCCCAACGAGCUGCACUGCUACGAUGUGGACUCUCAGACCUGGGAGGUGAUUCAGCCCAGCACUGACAGUGAGAUGCCCAGCGGGAGACUGUUCCACGCAGCAGCAGUGAUCCACGACGCCAUGUACAUUUUCGGAGGAACAGUCGACAACAACGUUCGCAGUGGAGAGAUGUACAGAUUUCAGUUCUCUUGUUAUCCGAAAUGCACCCUUCACGAAGACUACGGAAAGCUGUGGGAAAACAGACAGUUCUGCGACGUGGAGUUUAUCCUAGGAGAGAGGGAGGAGAGGGUUCUGGGCCAUAUCGCCAUAGUAACGGCACGAUGUCAGUGGCUUCGGAAGAAGAUUCUUCAGGCCAGAGAUCGACAGAAACAAAGGAGUAAACACGAGGCCAGUGAGGAGAGCGAGGAGUCCGGAGCAGGCAAACAGAAGGACGGCUCCAGCACUGCAAGACCAUCAGGAGGUCCUCCUCUGUUGGAGGUGUCCAUCAGAGAGGCCGAGGCUCAGCCAUUUGAGGUGCUGAUGCAGUUCCUGUACACGGACAAGAUCCAGUACCCACGCCGAGGCCACGUUCAGGAUGUCCUGUUGAUCAUGGACGUAUAUAAACUUGCCCUGAGUUUCAAGCUUUCUCGGCUGGAGCAGCUGUGCGUGCAGUACAUCGAGGCCUCGGUUGACCUGCAGAACGUCCUCAGCGUGUGCGAGAACGCAAACAAACUGCAGCUCGACCAGCUCAAGGAGCAUUGCCUUAACUUUGUGGUGAAGGAGACUCACUUUAAUCAGGUGAUUAUGACCAAGGAGUUUGAGCAUCUUUCCACUCCUCUCAUCGUGGAGAUCGUGAGACGCAAACAGCAGCCACCUCCCAGAGUCUACUCUGACCAGCCGGUCGAUAUAGGUACGUCUCUGGUGCAGGACAUGAAGGCUUACCUGGAAGGGGCGGGGCUGGAAUUCUGUGACAUCAUCCUGCUGUUGGACGGUCAUCCUCGGCCAGCGCAUAAAGCCAUUCUGGCAGCCCGCUCCAGCUAUUUUGAGGCGAUGUUCCGCUCGUUCAUGCCCGAGGACGGACAGGUGAACAUCUCCAUAGGAGAAAUGGUCCCGAGCAAACAGGCCUUCGAGUCCAUGCUGCGCUACAUUUAUUACGGAGACGUCAACAUGCCUCCAGAGGACUCGCUGUACUUGUUUGCAGCUCCGUAUUAUUACGGCUUCUCGAACAACAGGCUGCAGGCUUACUGCAAGCAGAACCUGGAGAUGAACGUCACCGUAGAAAACGUCUUGCAGAUCCUCGAGGCAGCGGAUAAGACUCAGGCUCUGGACAUGAAGAAGCACUGUCUGCAUAUUAUAGUGCACCAGUUUAUCAAGGUGUCCAAGCUCCCCAACCUGCGAUCGCUCAGCCAGCCGCUGCUGUUGGACAUCAUAGAGUCUCUGGCAUCACACAUAUCAGAUAAACAGUGUGCCGAGAUGAGCUCCGAUAUAUAGGCAUGUCUCCUGGUCUGGUCUGGUCUCGUCUCUUCUCACCUGUUUAUUUAUUCAUCUCAUGCAGUGUCUCUGCCGUUUCUCCCCUCCCCUUUUUCUCCGUGCUUGUUCUACCUACAUCCUGCUUCUCUUUCCUCUAACGACUGAAUCUGUGGAGAACUCUGUGCAUGGUUAACUUCCUGACAAGAUGUACUAACACAUUCGUUCGGUAGGUAAUACGCUGACUGGUUUAAAGUACCUCUGGACAUGUCGCUUUAAUCCAUUAAAUAUAUUUUAUUUUACUAUAAAUGACUCUGUUAAAUGAGAGGAAUUCCUGCGCUUAUGAAUAUUUAUGAACACGCAAAUGAGAAAGGCGCGCACGACCUGCUGCCGUCCCAAUUAACAAGCCGUAAUCGUUGGCAAAUAACUGCGGUAUAAGUUUAAUAAAACACUUCGGGGUGUGUCGUUAUUGGAAAAUAAUCCACAUUGGGAUGAGCGCUGAUUAUUUUCCUAGAACAGCAUGCUACAACAUGCGCUAUAUGGUCAAAAGUAUGUGCACACCUGACCAUCACACCUAUAUGUGGUUCUUCCCCAGAGUGUUAGCGUGAAUUAUGUGGACGUACACAAUAGAAAUAGAUAGAAAGUCUUUAUAUGCUAUAGCAUUACAGUUUCCCUUUCCUGGAACUGAAGGGUCCAAACCUGUUCCAGCUUGAUGUGUUCCAUGGCUUGUUCAGGUUGGACUGGAAGAGCUCGAUCGUCCUGUACAGAUCCCUGACCUCAACAUCUUUUGGGAUGAACUGGAACGGAAGAAUGGAGGUUAUUAUAACUGCAAAGGGGGACUAAAUCUGGAAUGGGACAUUCAACAAGCACAUAUGGGUGUUCACAUACUUUUGGCUAUAUAGUAUAGCUUCUAAUUUAUUUGUAUAUGACUGUCUAUUUCAAUACACUAGUCAAUUUCUGUCAUCUACUGAUUUGCAUAUCGGACCUGAUUGGUCCAAAGCACUGGAGCCUAUUUUCUGACAUCAUCAUCUAAGGGAAUCUUUAUUUCUCUCUCUCUCUCUCUCUCUCUCUCUCUCUCUCUCUCUCUCUCUCUCAAUCUCUCUGUUUUGGUCAGAAAAGAACCCAUUAAACAAAUCAGUUAUGUUUUUAAGUUCAGAGGUACUUUAAAACGAUUCUUCACAAAUGUUAAACAAAACAUGUAUAUUACCAUAAUGGCAAUUAUAUGAACAAUUCUAACCCACCGUUCAGUAUCACAAACUUCUCUUUAUACUGGUGCCAUUACUAAUCAAUCCUAUUAAGUGCUUUGAAUCUCUGAAUGUUUUCUACACUGCACUGUAAAUAUUAUCUACUGAGAUUUAUUUUUGCUCCUAAACUAUUCGGUUUAUUUUCCCCACCUCUUUAUUGUCCGUUCUAAAUGUUUCUCCUUGCAGUUAAAUGACUGUAACCUAAAUAAAUAUGUACAGCUUCACAAUUCUGGUACUGUAUGAUUAUGCAGAGAGUCCUUAAGAUGGACAUCUUCCUUAAUAAAAUUUCAAACGAUC